CAAAAUGCAACAUACCAUCUGGAGAAAAAGUGGAAGAAGCUGAACAACCCAGUGAUAUAGAAGAAGGAGGAUUAGAUCUCAGCGUAUCACUCAAACCAGUCAGUUUCUACAUCACAGACAAAAAAGAAAUGCUUCAACAGUGUUUCUGUGUCAUAGGGGAGAAAAAACUACAGAAGAUGCUGCCUGAUAUUUUAAAGAACUGUUCCAUGGACGAAAUCAAAAGGCUUUGCUUGGAGCAGUUGGAGCUGUUAUCUGAAAAAAAACUGUUGAAGAUACUUGAAGGCAAGGUUGGAGCUGAUUCUGAUACUGACGAGGAGGCAGAUGGAGGAGUCAAGACUGGAGGUGAAUCAGUCAGUCAACAGGAUAACAGUAUAGACUCUACUUCUUCUCUGAGAGAAGACAACAAGCUGGAAGGUCAGGAAUCAAAACAAGGCAAGGGAGAAGAUAGUGAUGUCCUCAGCAUAAAUGCAGAUGCAUAUGAUAGUGAAAUAGAAGGCCCGUGCAAUGAAGAAGAUGGCCCAGAUGUGCAAGAAAACACUGUCAGAAGUGGAGCUGGUCAGAUAGAUGACCUUCAGAAGGACAUUGAGAAAAGCGUGAAUGAGAUACUGGGGUUGGCAGAGUCCAGCCCAAAGGAGCCCAAAUCAGCAACUUUAGCCAUUCCUCCAUCAGAAGAUGUUCAGCCAUCAGCACAGCAGCUGGAGCUUCUGGAGCUUGAGAUGAGGGCCAGAGCUAUUAAGGCUCUGAUGAAAGCUGGUGAUGCAAAAAAUCAGCACUGAGAUUGUUUAGAUUUGAAUUUCAGUAUUUGUUU